AUGCUCUAUUCCGCGGCCGUCGCUGCCAUUGUGGCUGCCACUCCCCUUGUCAGCGCUCAUGGAGCGGCUCUCCCCAACAUUGUUGGACUAAACCCGAGGGACCUCAAGGCCAGGGACUUGCUCAGCAGCCUCGGGGCACGCUUCACUGACGUCCACGAGUUCGUCAAGGCCCCAGAGAACCAAGUCAAGCCCCGUCAGGAUGGUAAAGAGUGUGGUGCCAAUAUUGGUUCCUGUGGUGCCGGUCUCUGCUGCUCACCAAAUGGAUACUGUGGUACGACUGGAGACUUCUGCUACUCGCCAGGAUGCAACUACGCAUACGGUCCUGGCUGCCCUGAAAACGCAACCCCCGCGGGUACCAACACUUCUUCCAUUGCCCGAACCAAGAUUGGUUCCAUUUCCUAUGGCGGUGGAGGUAUUUACAACUGCGUCACCCCCGGCACCGUCGCCAUCACCUAUGAUGACGGCCCACAGAAGGUUCUCACCAACCAUAUUCUGGACGUCAUGGCGAGCCACAACGCCAAGGCUACCUUCUUCAUCACUGGCAACAACAUCAACAAGGGCCAGAUCGACAUCACCCAGGAAUACAUCGAUGUCAUCAAGCGCAUGGACGCCGAGGGCCACCAGAUCGCCUCCCAUACCUGGACUCACUUGGACUUGAGCGUCGUUUCCUCGAUUGAUCGCAAGCAACAGAUGUGGAAGAACGAGAUGGCUCUUCGCAACAUCGUCGGCAAGAUUCCUACCUACAUGCGCCCGCCGUACUCUAGCUGCACUGGCGCGUGCCAGACCGACAUGGCUGCGCUCGGCUACCACGUCACCUACUUCGAUGUCGAUACCGAUGACUACAACCAGGAUGCUCCCGAUGAGAUCCAGAACUCCAAGAACUGGUUCAGGGGUAACAUCACCCAGGGUGGUGCUACCGGCACCAACGGAGCCAAGUGGCUCGAGAUCUCCCACGACAUCCACGAGCAAACCGCCAACAACUUGACCGAGUACAUGCUCUCCACCCUGACCCAGCUCGGUUACAAGGCCGUCACAGUCGGCGACUGCCUCGGCGACCCCAAGGCCAACUGGUACCGCGCUACCGGUACGGCGACUCGUUCUUCCUCCGCCCCUGCUUCCUCGGGAACAAAGAAGGUGACCACCGACGCUACUUGCGGUGGCACUAACCAAUACACUUGCUUAGGUGGCUCAUUCGGCAACUGCUGCAGCGCCAAUGGCUGGUGCGGCACUACCGCCGACUACUGUGGAACUGGCUGUCAAUCUGCCUUCGGUAACUGCGGCUCCAACAGUGCUGUCAGCUCGUCCGUCAGGGCCUCCAGCACUCCCGCUGUUAGCUCUACUCUGAGGACCUCUUCUACCAGGGUUUCCUCGGCUGCUCCUUCUGCCUCCGCUGGCAAAGUCUCUACUGAUGGUAGCUGCGCCGGCACCGGCGGCUUCACUUGCCAGGGCUCCUCCUACGGCAAUUGCUGCAGCCAGUACGGAUGGUGUGGCUCUACCACGGACCACUGCUCUGCUGGUUGCAACUCUGCCUUUGGUACCUGCUCU